UUUGUGUUUAAACGUUCCAGCGGGAGGGUGGGGCGAGGAUUGCUCUGCUCAGGGUCUCGAUUGCAGGGCGACCCCGCGGGGCAGGAUUGGUCGGACGGUGCGCCCCACGAUGGUGCCGUCGCGGUGUGUGAAAAGCGAAUACAUGAAGCGCUUUAAAGAGCCGAAAUGGGAGGCGUGCGGCCCCUGCUACCAGGAGUUAUUGCGCUACCGCCUGAGCCGGCGCCUCUUGGAGCAGGCGCAUCGGCCUUGGUUUUGGGACGGUUGGGAGCAGGACAGCAGCCUGAGCAGCGGCGGUAGUGCCAGCUCCCCGUCGCCUCCAGGCACCUCCAGCCCCCCGGGUGCUCAGCAGGGAGAGGAAGGAGCGGCACGAGCGGAAGUGCCUAGCGAGCCUGCUCUCGGCGGGGCUGCUGGGGAGGCUGGAAGGUCCAGUCCCGCAGAGCCCUUGCGCGGGUCAGAGGAAGAAGGCCAAGAAAAAGCUGAAGAGAAGGUUGAAAUUGAUGGAGGUGACAAAAAGUCUGCUACAAGAGGAGCUGACAGUUCGACAAGUUGUCAACAAGGGCAGCCUGCGAGUCGUGGUGCCUUGGGCAACCGAGGUGACAGAAGAAGAGCGAAAAGUCCUCGAAGGAUAGAUACGGCAAAGGGUUCAAAACACCCAUUUGCCUUGUAUGGCUGGGGAGAAAAACAGACUGAUACAGGGAGCCAGAAAACAUACAACAUCUGUGCAUCUGCUUCAGUGAAUGAAAUUCAUGCGUCUGCAUUAAGAGCAAAGAACAGAAGGCAAGUGGAAAAAAGGAAGUUGUCUCAGAGGCGGAUUCAUUCGGCGGAAGUAGAGCGAACCUGGAGAACAAAAUCUCCUGGACCGGACAACCCCUGGAUGACUGAAUACAUGAGGUGUUACUCAGCACGAGCUCGGUGAUUCAGAAAUUUGUUUGGACCUGUCUUUUUAAAUUCAAAAAUAGUGGCUGGAAAACAACUGGUGAAAAAUUCCAAACUACUUAUGCAAGGUUUUUACAAAAGGAUUUUUCCAGCAGUUUGAUAUACUUGUUUAUAUUUUGGCUACUUAGCAGGAGAGGGAAUAAUGGAAUCCAUACGGAUAGGAACUAUGCUUGUCAGUAUAGCUUCCCUACAAUUUUUUAAAAAGAAGAAUAUUAAGAGGUGUUUCUACUGACCUUGAGCUAAGAAACUGUAGAAGGUUGUGGAAUUAACUUUUUCCAAUGAAAGAACUCCAGAGGAUUUUUUGACAAAUACUUAGUCCCUCUUUGAUCAUUGAAACAUAUUGACCCCGGUCCACAGAAAAUUUGUUGCCCUGAAGUUGCAUAGAAACCUUUCUCUGUAUAGGGAGCCAUGAGACUUUACAAAUCAGAUCUGUGAUAAAUAAAUAAAUGUGGAGCGAUGUAGGUGCCAUUGCAUUUUCACGUGAUUUUAGUUCAUUUGCAGUCAGCUGUACAACUGGAGACCUAGGAAACCAAGUGCAGACCAUCAGCCCUCUGUGGAGCCUCAGCAGUGGAUUCAAUCAACCUCCUGUUGCUUGCUUCCUGAGACUGCAAAAGUGGGGAUCAUUAUCCACCUCGCUUGGGCUGUGUGUCACAAGCUGUGCAGGCUGGAUGUGCAUAAAUACACAGGCUAUUAUAGCUAGAUGCGUAAAAGAUUGUAUCUGGAAAUGCUACUGGUGAUUUUAGAAUUAUCAAAACUUCCUAGCUUUUGGUAAAUUUGUAGUGACUCGUUAAGGUUUACAUUCCAGUUCUGGGUUUUGUGACCAUCUGGAACUGGAGAUUUUGGUGCAAUAGAUUAGUAAUGUGCUGUGUUUUUAUUCUUAAACUCUUUUAAUUUGCUGUCAUGAGUCCAUUGUACCAAAUGACAGGUGUAGACAAUCAUUAACUAUUAGUGAUGGUCCAUUCAAUAGUUUGCUGUAAAUAACAUGGUCUUAGUGCCACUGAACUGGGAUGUAGGUUUUUUUAACUCUUCAUCAGGGUGGAUAAAAUAUGCUUUGUAAACAAUUAUGUUAGGUGAGCUUCUGCAUAGUGAAAUGUUACUAAUAUUCAUACUCCGAAUUAAACUAGACUGAUCAAGCUAGUGUACAUUCUAUAAGGUAUGUUCAGGACUCGGGUUGAUAGUGCAGAUUUUGCUGUUCUCAAAUGUAUGACAUGUCCUUUGUUUCCCCCGCAAAAGUGGUUUUGUGUAAUUCAGAGGAUGAAGCCAUUGGCAGUCAUGAGAAUGUAACAAAGCUGUUACAGUUUUAAGUUUGUGUCACAUAUUGCUAGACUGCCUGCCAGCUAGCUCUGAAUUGGUGGUCAUUAAGCUGCUUAAAAUGGCCCCUUUGGCUACAGUCAGUCUCCUUAGAUUUCAAAUUAUGUUGGCUUCAUUCUUGUAGGGGUAUUUUUAUGCAGCUGGCAUUAAUCUCCAUCGUUAAGACUUAACUCAGUUUUUGGAAAACAGUUAUUGGUAGGAAAGAGUCCUUUCAUUAUGAAGGCUACAUCAUGUACUCUCACCAGAAACUCUGUAGUUCACCACUCUCAGCUUACCUCUUCUAUGGGAGGUGGCUUUUGGCCAUCUUGACUUCCAUUUCCUUUCCAACUAUUGAUGUAUUUACUUUGCUUUCUUUUUUUUAGUUGUAGCUGCUCAUUUCCUUAGCUUUUGUGUGUGUAUUCCUUACCUUCAAUUUACAAAAUGAAAGGACUUUAAUUGUACAUAGCUUUAACAUGAGGAUACAUUUCUACAUAUUUUUUACAUUGACUCCUUUCCUUCCAAGGGAUACAUGAAGGAUUUUUUUCUCAUGAUCUAAAGGCCACUUUUCCUAAACAGCCUACAGCUUUUUUAAAUAUUAGAUUCUCUUUUCAAAGGGCUGCAUGUACUAUCUUCAGCUUCCCAGAAUGCAACAGUAGCUGUGCUCAGCUAAACUUCUUGUAAACUGACUUAUGCAUGGAAAUGAGGGUUAUCUAAAUAGAUUUUGUUUGUUGUAUGCUCCUCCCUAGAACUAUUGUUGCAGAAGAUCCUUUUUUAAACAGGUAUAAAGAUACUUUGUGACAGAAUUUUUAAAAAGCUAGAUCUCUUAAAGGAUGCCCAGGAAGAUGCAAGGCCCUUGUGGAAAGAGAAUAGGAAAUGCUGAAAUCACAGUUAGAACAAGCAUACUCAAAGUCUGGGCUUUCAGUCUUCCACAAGAAUAUACUGGGUGGCUUUACAUGCUCAGGGGAGCAAGUGAGGGGUAGACAACUUAAAGCGACUUGUAACUUGCAAAGGGUGGAAUGUGCAUCUCUCUGUUCUACAUGGAACAUCUGCUUUCAUGUGUAAGAUGGCAUACUAAAAUGUAUCUUAAUUUUCAGCGCUGCUUCUCCCCUCCCACAAGCUGAGCAUUAUGCAGUGUUCAGAAAGGAGCCUCUGGCACCACAAUCCCAUACGUGCAUCGCAUUGCAUCACAAUCCCAUAUGUGUCUCUUCAGAAGCAAGUCCCAUUGAAUUCAUGGGACUUGCUCCCAGGCAAGUGGGUAAAGGGCUGCAAAUACAUUUUCUGACAAAAGUUCUGUUCAGGCAUUAGACAGCUCUGUAAAUAUAGCGCAUGUGCUGGGACAAGUGUGUUAGCUUCACCUUCCCAUCCCUUUCUCCCUCAGAAAGUUGAAGGGCAAUUGUUUGAAGUGAGGAGCCUGUUCCCCGUGCAUUUUAGAACUGAUUUUCCAAGAUUUUACAUCACUCAGGAAGGCUCCCUCUUCAAUAUAGGAGGUUCCCCGCUUAUCCUUGCUGACGGCAAAGGGAAUGUUGGGGGGAGUUAGCAUGCUUAUUCUUGCUGUUGUGUUACAUUUUCAGAUACAGUAGUCAGUCCGACCUGAAUAGGGCUAAUUCUACCAUCCUAACUAGUCAAUACAGAAGCGUGCUUAGAGAGUUGGCUACUAAAGCUGGAAUAGGGGGAAAAAACUUAAGUUCUGAGCUGUUUGAGCCGUAUGAGUAGAGAGAAAACUUUAGUUCUUAAUAAAACUGAAAAUGGGGACACUGCCAUGAAAAAGACCCCGCUUUGUCUAAACUACAGGGGAAAGCCAUGCUUGUAUACCUUUGUGGAUCUCUGUCUUCACAAAACCAGAGUGGUAUCGUUACAUCCUUCAGUUGCAAAAUGCCUGAAACUCAAAAGCACAAGCAACCCUGAUAAUCCCAGCAGAGUGAAAAAGUAUCUCCCUGUCCAGUUGGACAAAUCUUCUCACAUUCAUGUGUGGUGUGAAACUGUAAACCCACACUGUGCAAAAAAAUAUGCUUUUGUGUAUGUUUGUGCUGCCACAUGCACAUGCUCCUUCCAUCACUUUCAAGUAACUUCAGUGGUAAACUAUCAUUGGUGAAAGUUGACCUCUCUUUUCUAUUCUUAAAUAUCAUGUUCAUGGGUUUUUUAAUGUUAGUUUCCCCACAAACCUCUUGCUUGGGAAGGGAGAAGCUUUAAACCUCUUCUACCACCUAUGCCCUCCCCCCUUGUUACUGGCAGCUAUGUCUUCUUUAGGUAACUACAUAGCAUGCAACCUGCUGUGGUCCAUGUAAGGAUAUAUGGAUUGCUAAUAUAGCCUGGCAUUAGACUUCCUCUAAAACUGACCAAUAUGGGGAGAGGACCAAAAGCUUUCUUUCUAUAGCUUCUAUGGUUGGCGUAAUGGUAGCUUGCAAUGCUAGGCCAAUUGUUUGGUGGAAAAUGGCUCUGGCUCACCUUUCCCUACUAGGAUCAUCUCCCUCCCUGGAGAUGUGUGUGUGCUCCCUUCAGUUGUAAUGUACCCACAAUUGGACCUGCCCCACUUUUUGAGAACCACUUCCUUUAAGCAAUCGGUACAAUUCACUUGAACCUUCAGAAAACUGUUCAAGUAUUUCUAUACCAGGCUAGCAUUAAAGAUGGCUUCAAGAUACUUCCAUCUAUAUAUAUGGUAGAAAUGUAUUUUUGAUAUGGGGUGCAACAUAACUUGGAGCAUGCAAAUAUCUACUAGCUUACGUUAGUAGAGCAUAUGUUUAUAUUCUCUUACCUCUACAAAGUCCGUCAGGUUGUGACUUGGGGUUGGGAGGACCAAGAUAGUGUUGUUAUGAGGAGAAAUGUAGCCUAAAGCCAUCAAGGGAGGCAGGGGUAAGUGACCAGACCAAGCUAGACAAAGUCUCUUGAGCAUGACUGUUGAGGUCCAGAUACUUGAAUAGAUGGGGACACAAAGCAGCAAAACUAUAAAGGCCUACUACUCCUACAUGUAAUUCCUAUCAUGUGAAGUUAUGCCAGAGGUAUAAGGAAACUGUCACACUUAGCUUUUGUGAGCACUGAAAUCACUUUAGAGAAAAGCUUGGAAAAAAUUAAGCUUGAAGCAAUAUGUGACUUAGAAUGUUUUUUAGAAGUUUUUUUUCUAAUGCUCAUGUUCUUUAUAUUUAAUUGUACUUGCCAUGACUUUGUACAUGUGAA